AACUUUCUAAAAUUAUUUCGCUCCUUUCUCUUCUUCAUUUCAUUUCUUUUCCUUUCGUUUCUUUUUCUUUUCUUUUUAAUCCUCUUCUUCUCUUAAUUCUAUAAUAAAAUAAAAAAUUUUCCUCUCUCGUAAGGGAAAGGUGCGCGUGUAUCGUCGUCGAAAAUCGAUCGAGAACGAUCGAUCGAUCGAUCCUUCGAUAUAAUAUCGUCUUCUUCUAAUAUUUAAUAAUUUUGUCGUCAUCGUCCUCGUCGUCCUCGUCGCCGUUCUCAUCCUCCUCCUUUUCUUUCGUUUAUCAUCUCUUAAUUUCAUCUCUUACUUUCUACCGCUGUUAUGGACAACGAGAAGAUCAAACUGUUUAAAGAUAAAGCUAUGUAUGGUUAUGGAACAAGCAUACCACCUAAUAAUAAUGAAUCCGAAGAGGAUAUGUUGUCGAAGAAAGUGAUAUUUUGCGUUCAUGGAAAAUUAUCGGGUUGUUGUACCGUUGUCAAAGGAAUCGAUGAAAAUUUAACGAUGGAUUAUCAACAAAAUUCAUCAAUUCUACCAGAGGAUCAUUGUCAUCGAGAAAGAAAUGGAGAAGUAGAUAAGAAAGCUAGGAAAAAGCUUUUACUUGCUAGCGGACUAUGCGUUAUGUUCAUGAUAGCUGAAAUAAUUGGUGGUGUUCUCUCAAACAGUUUGGCCAUAGCUACAGACGCAGCACACUUGCUAACCGAUUUCGCAUCAUUCAUGAUUUCUCUAUUCUCAAUCUGGGUCGCAGGAAGGCCUGCAACAAGGAAAAUGCCAUUCGGUUGGUAUCGUGCGGAAGUGAUCGGUGCAUUAACGUCGGUCCUAUUGAUAUGGGUUGUCACUGGGAUUUUAUUCUAUUUAGCCGUAGAGAGAAUAAUUAACAAGGAUUUCGAGUUAGACGUCACGGUGAUGUUAAUUACCUCUGCGGUUGGUGUUGCGGUAAAUCUAGUAAUGGGCUUAAGUUUACAUCAACAUGGUCAUAGUCAUGGUGGACAUAGUCAUCACGAGCACGAUGAUCAUAAAGCGAAAAAGUUAACGGACGAAGAGAUAUCUCAUAAGGAUGAUCACGAUAGGAAUAAUAUUAAUGUUCGUGCUGCAUUUAUACAUGUCAUAGGCGAUUUUAUUCAAAGUAUAGGCGUUUUUAUCGCCGCAUUAGUUAUUUAUUUUAAACCAACAUGGACCAUAGUUGAUCCAAUCUGUACGUUCCUAUUUUCGAUAUUAGUCAUGCUCACGACAGUGGCAAUCAUAAAAGACGUUAUGAACGUGCUAAUGGAAGGAAUGCCCAAAGGAUUUGAUUAUUCUCAAGUUGAGAAUACUUUCAUGCGGAUAGAAGGCGUUGUGAAAGUACAUAAUUUGAGGAUUUGGGCUCUUUCACUCGACAAAACCGCUUUGUCAGCGCAUUUAGCGAUCAAACCUGGUACCAGCCCACAAAAUAUUUUACGUAUGGCCACGAGAAACAUUCACGAAAGUUACAAUUUCUUUGAGAUGACAUUACAAAUAGAAGAAUUCAAUGAGCGAAUGGAAAACUGUGAACAGUGCAAAGCUUUGUCUCAAUGAAUUAACGUCGUUGUUAUAGUUAAUGCCGUUUUAUCGUUUUGUAUGACGAGCUUCGACAUCUAUGAACUCUCCUUUUUUGUCUUCUCUCCUUUUUUUCUGUUUCCUUUCUUUUAUAUAAAUAUAUAUAUAUAUAUAUUUUUUUUUUUUUCCAACAGAAUAUUAAAGCAAGAGACAUAUGAAAUCUAACUUUGAUUCGAGGCUAAGUCUUGAGAUUCUUUAACGAUAGAUAAUUGUACAAUAAUUCUUUUUUUCACAUGAAUAGAUAAAUUAUAAUAAAUUAUAAUUCUCGGUAAACGAGCCGAAGAUAUAAUGUGACCUAAAAAAGAAAAAUUAAUUUAAAAUAGUUUCACAAACGAUAAACAUCUUCGCUUUGUUCAUAUUCUUAUUAUUCUUUUCUUUUUUUUUUUUUUUUAUGUUCGAUAUUCUCUAUUAUUAUUCGUUAUUCGUACGUCGUGAAGUCAAAAAGAAAAAAGAAUGCAAUCUUAAGGAAUAUCGAUAGCGAUAUCUUGCAAUAUAAUUUAAAACUUAACUUUGCUAGUUAAUAACAGUAUAAAAUAAUACGAAGGUGCAUAAACUAUGGUGCUCUUAUACCUUGCGAAUUGUGUAUUAAUAAAAAUAAAAGUAAAAUCUUUUUCUAUAA